AUGUUUUCCAAGAACAUCUGCACGCUGGCGCUACUCUAUGUUGUUUCUGCGGGGGCAACAACUCUUCCGAACUCGUACCCUUAUGCUUGGCCGGGACAGCCAGAUAGCGAUUACAGUACCGAGUGGCAAAGCUACUUUGAAGUGACGAGUCUCCCGUCGGAGAUCCCAACCGGUCUACCGCGCAGCUUUGCCGGGAAUAUCAACGUCAAUCGCACCGGUCACAAGAACGACACACUGUUCUUCUGGGGCUUCGAGCGCGAGGGCGCGAAUGGGACGCUCACUGCUGCGGCGGACGCGAGCAAUACGGAUCCGUGGAUUUUGUGGCUGCAGGGAGGACCUGGAUCUCCCGGCUUGCUCGGGUUGGCGACGGAGAAUGGCCCGAUCCAUGUACAGAGCGACGGUUCGUGGGUCUCGAAUCCGUAUAGCUGGAACACACUCGCGGAUACGAUCUGGAUGGACCAACCCGUUGGAACGGGAUUCUCCACCUCAAGUGCGAAGGGAUAUGUCGACGACGAGGACCAAGUGGCCGAAGAUUUCUUUAACUUCCUGACAAACCUAGUCAAAGUCUUUCCCAGCCUCGCUACUCGCCCCCUUUACCUAAUGGGUGAGAGCUAUGCUGGGACGUUCAUUCCAUACAUCGUCAAGCAUAUCUUCGCAAACUCGUCCAGUCCGGUAACACUGCGCAAAAUUGCCAUCGGCAACCCUGCACUUGGUUCUGUAGCUACCAUCCGAGACCUCCCCGUUGUCAACAUCUUAGAGACAUACCCAGCCAUCAUCGGAUAUGACCAAGAUGUUUUUAAUUACUUCAGGGAACAACACCACCUCUGCGGAUACGACCUGAACCUGACGUAUCCCCAAAAUGGGACAUUCCCUACUCUGAACUACACCAGUGGUCAGCAGGCGGCGCUUAACCGUGUCGCAAGUCACACUACCCGAGCUGCAAGAUCGCUGAAGGAUACCAUCGUGGAUAAACUCACCAAACGCCAGAGCACCCAAGGAGAGAGUACAUAUGUAAGCAGGAGGGCGAAGAGGUCGGAGUGGAAGCGGGACCUGUCCGGACGUCCCAACGGGACCAUUGACUCCUGGUAUGGCUGCGACAUUUUCGACGAGAUGAUCGACUAUGCCGUCAACUUUACAUUCCCGUGGACGAAUGGGGGCUUUGACUCCUACGACAUCCCGGACGCGACCCACCCCGAACCAGACUUGGACCCCUCAACCUUCCUGAACGAUCAACUCACCCGCGCCGCUCUUCACGCGCCGACUUCUCAGAACUGGAGCAGCACGUUCGACUACCCCUUCGGCUCGGUUAGCGGACGCUCCGACCCCAGCGUGGAGCCCAUCGCGUUUCUCUCGGAGCUCGCCGCGAACGCGAGCGCGCGUAACAUCUCCCUCGUCUUCUACUCCGGGAACGACGACGCGCGCAUACAGCACCGCGGCACCGAGACCCUCAUCCAGAACUUCACCUUCGGCGGUGUCCAGGGUUUCACGCGCAAGCCGUCCACACCAUGGUACGACGACGACGGCAAUGUGGCUGGUGUCGUCCACCAGGAGCGCAACGUGACCUACGUCCUCUUCGCUGGGGCCGGCCACGAAGUGCCGCAGUGGAAGCCGGCCCAGUCUCUCGUCUUCCUGCGCGAAUUUGUGCUCGGGACGAACAGCAACGGAACCGUUCAUGGUUCGGAUGUGGUCGGUGGCGAGGACGCGUCGUUGUCUGGGGAUUACCUGCCUGGAGGCACGGAGAUCUUCUAUGGUUCCAGCACGACUGCGAGUACGUCCAUGAUUCCGAGCGCGACGAUUGCGGCGUGGAACAGCUUCGUGGCGACCGCGCUUCCGAGCGGCAGCGUUCCUGGGAAGAGCGACAGCAACGGAGCAAUGGCGAGGACUCCGAGAUGGAAUACACCUGUUGUCUUCCUCAUUCCGGGCAUUGUAGCAGUAGCGUCUCUACUGUGUUGA